UAGAAAAUUCCGGUCGGUGGGGGCGGAAACACGACAGAACCACCACCAUUCUCCGCCACGGCGCAGUCAGAGAAAAUGGGGGAAGAAACCCCUGGAAACGAGACAAUCUACCUUCAUGGCGACCUUGACUUGAAGAUCAUCGAAGCGCGGUGCCUUCCUAACAUGGACCUCGUGGUGGAGCGCGUUCGCCGCUUCCUCACCGCGUUCAAGUCCGUCCAGAAGCCCCUGACCACCCACCGCCACCGUCGUCGCAUCAUACAGCACAGCAAGAUCAUCACCAGCGACCCCUACGUCACCGUUUGCCUUGCUGGCGCCCGCGUCGCUCGCACCCGUGUCAUCUCCAACUCGCAGAACCCUGUCUGGAACGAGCAUUUCAAGAUCCCUCUGGCACACCCUGUCUCACAGAUCGAGUUCGAGGUGAAGGACAACGACAUGUUCGGCGCGGACAGGAUCGGGGUAUCGAAGGUGGAGGUGAGGCGUAUUGCGUCGGGGGAGACCAUCGACGAGUGGAUCCCACUUAUCGGGCCGCAGGGCCGGCCGUACAAGCCGGAGACGGCCGUGCGGCUGCAGAUCACGUUCACGCCGUGCAGCUCGAACCCCGAGUACCAGCACGGCGUGACGGAGGAUAACGGGCUGCGGGAGAGCUACUUCCCGCUGCGGCACGGGGGGAAGGUGACGCUGUAUCAGGAUGCGCACGUGCCGGACGGGAUGCUCCCGGAGAUCGAGGUGGAGGGUGGGCGGCAGUUCGAGCACGAAAAGUGCUGGGAGGACAUAUGCCACGCCAUCAUGGAGGCGCACCACAUUGUGUACAUUGUGGGGUGGUCGAUAUACCACAAGGUGAGGCUCGUGAGGGAGGCGUUGCGGCCGAUCCCCCGCGGCGGCGAACUCACACUAGGGGAGCUCCUCAAGUAUAAAUCACAGGAAGGGGUGAGGGUGUUGCUCUUGGUUUGGGAUGAUAAGACUUCCCAUAGCAAGUUCUUCAUCAAUACCACAGGAGUAAUGGAAACUCAUGACGAAGAAACUCGCAAGUUUUUUAAGCACUCGUCUGUCACCUGCGUGCUCGCUCCUCGUUACGGAAGCAAUAAGCUUAGCAUUUUCAAACAACAGGUUGUGGGAACACUUUACACUCACCAUCAGAAAUGUGUGAUUGUGGACACUCAACACCACGGAAACAACCGGAAAAUCACUACAUUCAUCGGGGGUCUGGACCUCUGCGACGGCCGCUAUGACACACCUGAGCACCGACUCUAUCGUGAUCUCAAAACCGUGUUCCAAGGCGACUAUCAUAAUCCCACAUUUGGUCAAGGAACAAAGGGUCCAAGACAGCCGUGGCACGAUCUACACUGCAAGAUAGAAGGUCCCGCUGCUUACGACAUUCUCACCAAUUUUGAGCAGCGAUGGAAGAAAGCCACUAAAUGGAACGAGAUCGGUCAGAAGCUCACGGGAUUUUCACAUUGGCACGAUGCUUUGAUCAAGAUCGAAAAAAUCUCGUGGAUCAAUAGUCCUUCCACGAAUGUCCCAAACGAUCAUCCUUUGUUGUGGGUUUACGAGGAGAACGAUCCUGAUAACUGGCAUGUUCAGAUUUUCCGGUCCAUAGAUUCGGGAUCACUCAAGGGAUUUCCGAAGAGUGUGCAUGCAGCAGAAAAGCAAAAUCUGGUUUGUGCUAAAAAUGUGGUGAUAGAUAAAAGCAUUCAAAUGGCUUAUAUCCAAGUAAUCAGAUCUGCACAACACUUCAUUUACAUUGAGAAUCAAUAUUUCCUUGGCUCAUCUUAUGCUUGGCCUGACUACAGACAUGCAGGGGCUGACAAUCUAAUCCCAAUGGAACUGGUAUUGAAAAUAGUAAGCAAAAUAAGGGCCAAGGAGAAGUUCAGAGUUUAUGUUGUUAUUCCAAUGUGGCCAGAGGGUGUGCCUAGUUCUUCUGCUGUUCAAGAAAUCCUUUACUGGCAGGCGCAGACGAUGCAAAUGAUGUAUGAACUAAUCGCUAAAGAAAUCAAGUCAGCUAAUCUCGAGAAUGCGCAUCCAACCGACUAUCUCAAUUUCUAUUGUCUGGGUAACCGCGAAGAGUAUCAGAAGAAAUCAUCGAAUGGGAGUAGCCAUUCCACUGCCUCGUCACAUCAUAAUGAAGCAAGCACGAGCACGGGGAAGGUAAGAUCAGGUCGGUUUAUGAUAUACGUGCAUGCCAAGGGAAUGAUAGUGGACGAUGAAUAUGUUAUAAUCGGCUCAGCCAACAUCAACCAACGCUCUAUGGCCGGUUCCAGAGACACAGAGAUCGCCAUGGGAGCGUACCAACCCCAUCACACCUGGGCCAAGAAACAGUACCAUCCACGCGGGCAGGUGUAUGGGUACAGAAUGUCACUGUGGGCGGAGCAUUUGGGGCAGAUCCAUCCUUGCUUCAAGGAUCCCAACGAGUUGGAGUGUGUCAACUAUGUUAACGCCGCUGCACAAGAAAACUGGAAGAGAUUCACAGCUGACAAGUUCACGGCGUUGCAAGGACAUCUCCUCAAAUAUCCAGUGGAGAUCGAUGCUGAUGGGAAGGUCAAUUCUCUGCCGGGAUUCGAAUCCUUUCCCGACGUUGGUGGUAAGGUAUUAGGGGCUCCAACUAAUCUGCCUGAUGCUUUGACUACCUAGCCUAGCUACCAUCUUCUUACAUUUUUGUU